AUGUCGUCCACUACAGAAAAGGAUAAUCAGAAAGAGGAUAAUGGAUCUGUUGAGGUCCACCAUGCCGAAGUGAAGGGCUCAGAGGUCCUGGGUAACCAGGAUAUGAUGAAUGAUGCCUUCGACGGCGAGAAUGAGGAGCAUGAAGAAGGUGUCUGGGCCGCAUUCAAAAAACACCCCUGGGCUUGUUUCUGGGCUUUCGUGAUGUGCUUCACAAUUGUCAUGGAGUCCUUCGAUAUGUUCUUGAAUGGAAACUUCGUCGCCCUCGAGGCUUUCCAAAGGGCAUACGGUGUCAAGCACGGCGAAGCAUAUGUUAUUCCAACAAAGUGGCAGAGCGCACUGUUCCAGGCUGGUCAAUGUGGUGCCUUUGUUGGUGUGUUCGCAGCUGGUCCUGUCACCAAUCGAUUCGGAUACCGCUUGACUACCAUCUUCGCCCUAAUUUUGAUGAAUGCUACCAUCUUCGUGCUAACUCCCCUUACUCUUUUGGUUGUCGGACAAGCGUUGGAGGGUGUCCCAUGGGGAUUCUUCAUUGCCAACUCGCCCGCGUAUGCCAGUGAGAUCGUUCCAAUGGCGCUCCGCGGUGCUUGUACUGCCACUCUACAAAUGAGUUGGUCUAUCGGUUCCAUCAUCGUAGCCGGUGCCACCUACGCCUACAACAACAGGUCUGACGAGUGGGCGUGGCGUGUACCUCUUGCCCUUCAAUGGCUCUUCCCUACCCCUCUUCUUAUUCUCGUAUUUCUCGCCCCCGAGUCCCCCUGGUGGCUCAUCCGCCGCGGCCGCAAGGCCGAAGCUCUCAAGUCCAUCGAGCGCCUUGGCAGCAAAGACCCACACCGAGUCCAACAGUCCUUCGCAAUGAUCGAGCGAACCGUCCAAAUCGAAGCUCAAAACGGCGGUGCCCCCUCCCUCCUCGACCUUCUCAAAGGCACAGAUCUGCGCCGCACAAUCAUCACCUGUCUGAUGUAUGCGUCGCAGAACUUCGCCGGUAACCUGAUCGCCAACCAGGCAACCUUUUUCUUCGAGCAAGCCGGAAUCAACCACAACAUGGCCUUCCAACUCAACCUCAUCAACUCAUGUCUCCAAUUCGUCGCAAACGCCCUCUCCUGGUUCCUCACAGCCUGGUUCUGCCGUCGCACAAUCUACCUCUGGGGCACAGCCGUGAACAUCGUCCUCCUCGUCCUCCUCGGUGUCUGCGCUUCCAUCACCCAAAACAGCGCCACAAACUACGCACAAGCCGUACUGGGAAUAUUAAUCUCUUUCGUCUUUGCUGGCGCCAUGGGUCCCAUCUCAUACACUAUUAUCUCUGAGACCUCGUCCGUGCGUCUUCGCGCGCUUAGCACCGGUGUUGGUCGUGCUGCUUACUACGUUGCUGAAAUUCCUAUGAUUUAUCUUGCGUCGCAGAUGCUUAAUGCGACUGGAUGGAAUCUUGCUGGAAAGUGUGGGUACGUUUGGGGUGGUACGGCUCUGGUUUGCUGGGUUUCGGCUUACUUCUGGUUACCGGAGCUUAAGCACCGCUCUUACCGUGAGGCGGAUAUUUUGUUUAACCGAAAGGUUCCUGCGAGGAAGUUCCGUUCUACUGUUAUUGGGGUUCAUGAGAAUGAGUAG